AUGUCAAAUUUCUGGUGGGGCUCUCAGGAUAAAGCUACUAAGGUGCAAUGGAAAAAUUGGGAGAAUUUGAGUUUAAGUAAAAGGGAUGGAGGGCUUGGCUUUAGAGAUCUAGUGUCCUUCAACUUAGCAUUAUUGGCUAAACAAGCAUGGAGGUUGCUCACACAGGAAACACCAAUAGCAACUCGAAUCCUUAAAGCUGUGUAUUAUCCUAACACUUCCAUUCUACAGACUCAGGCUGGUUCUAGACCUUCAUUUGCUUGGAAGAGUAUUUGUGCAACAAUUCCUAUUAUAAAGGAAGGUUAUAUUUGGCAGGUUGGGGAUGGCAAGAGUAUUAAGGUGUGGGAAGAUAAAUGGAUUAAGAGAGAGGGGUCCUGUACAGUUCAUUCACAAAGGAAAAUUAUGUCUGAAAGUGCAAUGGUUGCAGAUUUAAUUGAUACUAAUGCAGGAUGGUGGAAUGUUCAGCUUAUAAAAGAGAUUUUCAUGGCAGCAGAAGUAUAG